GAGGUAAGCCGCGCUCCCGCGUGUUUCAGCUGAAGAAAUGUUUGUUUUUAAUCAUUUAAAGUUUAAACACGAUACAGCGCGGUCAGUCUACUUUUUGGUUUUUACAAGCGUUGUUGAGUCAAUGGAUUGUUACUGAAUGUAACACUGUAAUAGUUUAGCUGACAAUAAUGAACGUUAUUGCGUGAGUAAUGCACAUCCACACGAGAAAACAGAAAAGGUGCGUCUCAUUUCGCUGCUUAUAUUAUGAAUCAGAUUAACGUAAACACAAAUUCAUUCACUGAUGGAGAAACGGAUCUUUUCAGAACGCCAGAUCAAUUGAAUCAAGUGAUUCACAAAUGAUUCACUGUUUUGAAGCGUUGGAAUCACCGAACGCUGACGAGACCUGCUGCUCAAACACUGACUGUGAAACAACGAACGUGUGUAAUGAACUUUCACAAACAAUACCAAUUUUCUAAUUCUAAGUAAUAAGUAAUGUAUUAAACGGAAGAACAUUGAAGGAACAUUCAGAAUCAAACAUGAAGAUACUGAGGAACACACAGAAAUGCUAUUUAUUAAAGAGGAGAGUGAAGGCACGAAGAGUGAAGAAGCAUUCAGAGUCCACCAUGAAGAUACAGAGGAACAAACAGAUCUGAUGGCGCUGAAAGAGGAGAGUCAGGAACUGAAUGAAACACAAGAGAAAGCUCAAAAUGAGAAACAUCGUUUCAAAACUGAAGAAAAAUCAAUUCGCUGUUCAAACACUGAAGAGAGUUUUUUACGGAAAAAAGCUCAAAAACCACAAUCUACAAACCUUAAUCCCCGCUUGAGAAUUUAUACUAGAAAGAGCCUUUUCACCUGCCAAGAAUGUGGAGAAAUUUUCAGUCAAAAAAGAAGCUUUAAAGUCCACAUGAAAAUUCACAUUGAAAAGAAGCCGUUAAUAUGCCCUCAGUGUGGAAAGUGUUUUACACAGAAAAAAAACCUUAAUGCCCACAUGAGAAUUCACACUGGAGAGAGACCUUACAUCUGCCAACUGUGUGGGAAGAGUUUCUCAGUAAAUGGAAAUCUUAAAAAUCACAUGAGAAUUCACACGGGAGAGAGACCGUUCACAUGUGAUCAUUGUGGAAAGGGUUUUAAACAGAAAAGUCUCCUUACUACCCACAUGAGAAGUCACACUGGAGAGAGACCCUACAUCUGUAAUCAAUGUGGAAAGAGUUUCAAACAUAAAGUAAGCUUUAAUAGUCACAUUAAGAUUCAUUCCAGAGAGAGUAGUUUUAUAUGUCAUCAGUGCGAAAUGUGUUUCACAGAGAGGGAAGUCCUUAAGAAUCAUGUGAAAAUUCACAUCGGAGAAAAGCCUUUCAUGUGCCAUCACUGUGGAAAGAGUUUCACAAACAAUGCAGACCUUGAGGAUCACGUGACAGUUCACACUGAAGAGAAACUUUACAUCUGUAACUAUUGUGGAAAAAGUCUCAGACAUAGAGAAAGUCUUAAUUAUCACGUAAAGAUUCACUAUAGAGAGCAGAGUUUUAAAUGUCAUCAGUGUGAAAUGUGUUUCAUAGAGAUGGAAGUCCUUAAAAAUCAUGUGAAAAUUCACUUUGGGGAAAAGCGUUUCAUGUGCCAUCACUGUGGAAAGAGUUUCACAAACAAUGCAAAUCUUGAGGUCCACAUGAGAAUUCACACUGGAGAGAAGCCUUUCACGUGCAAUCAGUGUGGAAAGAGUUUCGGGGUUAAAGGAAACUUAAAGACUCACAUGAGGAUUCACACUGGAGAGAAGCCGUUCGCAUGUCUUCAGUGUAAAAUGAGUUUCACAUAUACCACAGAUCUGAAACGUCAUUUGCAAACUCAUACUGUAAAGAAAUAGCCAUUUUCCUCAGUGUGACAAGUGUUUUAGAAAAAAGUCUGGAGGAAGACUAGAGAGGCACAGAAUCCAAUCUGCUUGAAGUCCAGUGUGAAGUUUCUAAAGUCAGUGAUGAUUUGGGCUGCCGUGACAUCUGCAGGUGUUGGGCUACUGUGUUUUAUCAAGUGCAAAGUCAAUGCAGGCGUCUACCAGCAGGACUUUAGCAGCUACCCACAGUGCAAAAAAGAAAAAAAUCUGAAGGUUCAAUAGUGCCUCAGCAGUGCCACAAGCUGAUCACUUCCAUGCCACACCUCACUGAUGCUGUAAUUUAUGCUAGGAGCAAGUAAUUUGCUGUAAUUUGUGCUACCGUCCAAAUAUUGAGUGCAUAAAUGAACAUACUUUAAAAAACAUGAAUCAGGCUUUUUUUUUUAUUGAUCUUAGGAAAUAUUGUAAUUAAUCUUUACAUGAAAAUUCACACGAGAGAAAAACCUUAUACCUGCAAACUGUGUGGAAGGAGUUUCUCAAGAGACAGAAGCCUCACGGAUCACAUGAGGAUUCACACUGGAGAGAGACCUUACAAGUGUCUUCACUGUGAGAAGAGUUUCAGACAUCAAACUAGAAUGAAAUGUCAUUUGCUAACUCAUUCUGGAAGGAAACUGCCGUUUUCCUCAGAGUGACAGAUUUAGAUAAAGCAGCAGUUUCUACAAUCAUCAGUGCAUUUAUCCUUGAGGACAAUUCAAUUUUGGUCAGAGAAUGAAAAUUUGUUUUGCCAUCACACUUAAAAGGUUACUCCACCCCAAAAUGAAACAUUGAAAAUAGUUCAGCUGUGCAUAUAAAACUAUGAUUGUAUGUUACAAAACAUGAGAAAAAUAAAGACUGGAAAUAUUAAAAACAUAUAUAACCUCACAUUUACCAUGUGUCUCUAACUGUUGUCAACGGCUAAGU